AAUGUCUAAUCUUCAUGAGAGGCAGCUCCAGUUUGUCAGGGUCUCAUCCUUCACUUUCAUUGCUGAGGGGUGUUCAUGUGAAAGAAGAGAUGGUGAGAUGAGAGAGAAGGAUUCUGCCCUGGUCCAUCUUCCUUCUCUCUUUUCCCUUGGUUUUUCCAGCUGUCAUGUUCUCCUAUGGCAGCACUUGUCUUCACACCAUGGGGUAAGUUGUAAGUGUUCCUUAGUAUAAUUAGUUUUAGGCACUCUAAUAAUGAGAAUUUUUGUUAUUUGCUAUCAGUAUUAAAGGCAGAUUCUAUGGGUCCAUGUUGGGCUAGUCUGAGGCAUUCCCAUUGUAGAGGCUACUCGUGUGGGAGAACAUAUGGUGGGAAGAGCUGUGUUGUCCUCUAAUGUAAGUCUUUUCUCUUGUCCCCACAGAUCACCCAUAGAAGGAUGGCUACUGUAAAUCACUCUUUUGUGACUGAGUUCAUACUGGUGGGAUUAACAGACCACUCAGAUCUCCAACUCCCUCUGUUCUUCCUGUUUCUAGCAAUGUAUAUUAUCACUGUGCUGGGAAACUGGGGCUUGAUAAUUCUAAUUGGGCUGAAUUCUCACCUUCAUACCCCCAUGUACUUCUUCCUCUUUAACUUGUCUUUCAUAGACCUCUGUUAUUCAUCUGUUUUUACACCCAAAAUGCUGAUGAACUUCAUAUCAGAGAAGAAUAUUAUCUCCUACCAGGGUUGCAUGGCUCAGCUCUACUUCUUCUGUUUUUUUGGCAUCUCUGAGUGCUAUGUGCUGACAUCAAUGGCCUAUGAUCGCUAUGUGGCCAUCUGUAACCCACUCUUGUAUAACAUUGCCAUGUCCCCUAAAGUGUGCUUCAACCUUAUGUUUGGUUCAUACUUGAUGGCAUUUUCUGGUGCUAUGGCCCACACUGGAUGCAUGCUGAGACUGACCUUCUGUGACGCCAGCACCAUCAACCAUUAUUUCUGUGACAUCCUCCCUAUGCUUCAGCUCUCCUGCGUGAGCACCUAUGUCAAUGAGCUGGUGGUGUUUAUUGUUUGUGGCAUCAACAUCAUCGUGCCCAGUCUCACCAUCUUCAUCUCUUAUGGUUUCAUUCUCUGCAGCAUCCUCCACAUCAAUUCCACUGAGGGCAGGUCCAAAGCCUUCAGCACCUGCAGUUCCCACAUAAUUGCUGUUUUACUGUUCUUUGGAUCAAUUUCAUUUAUGUAUCUCCAGCCAUCUUCUGCAGGGUCUAUGAAUAAGGGAAAAAUCUCUUCUGUCUUUUAUACUAAUGUGGUUCCCAUGACAAAUGCCUUAAUCUACAGCUUGAGGAACAAAGACAUUAAACUUGCCCUGAGAAAGACCCUGAGUAGGAGAGAAAUUUUCAAUCAUAAGUAG